CAUUUAUUUUUCCAUCUACCUGGUGUAUAAUUUUCUCUAUCUAUGAGUGAGGAAAGAGAGAAAGGAGAGAGUUUUGUUUUAAUAUCGGUCCUUUCUUUCCUCUUCUCCACUCUUCCAUCCCUCUCACCAAACCAUAUCAUACCUGCCAGUCCCUCCUUGCCUGUUCAUACCUAACUGCUGCCAUCAGUUCAUUAUUCCCCAUCCUAAUGCCUUUUUCUGUCUCUUGAGUCUGAUGUUUUAUGAACUUGGAUGAAUUUUCUUCAAAGACAACUAAAAAACUCCUCAUGAAUGACUUUUUCCCCUUUUCCUUCUCUUUUUGGUCCCUCCACACCCAUUUUCUUUGCAUCACACUCUUGCGGGAUUCUUAAAUGUUACUCUAGACUGAGGAAGAGGAGAGCACAGAGCGGGGCUGGCAAACUCAUGAUCAUGACCGGCUAAAGCAAGCACAGGCAAGGAACGAAAGAAAGCUGAAGAAGAAGGAGGAGGAGGAGGAAGGGUGGGAAGAAAAGGACUGUGUACACACACAUACACACGCUCACACACACUGCUGCUCAUCCUUAUCUCCACAGCAACUGUGUUCACACACUCACAUACUUCUGGGAGGGGACCUCAGUGAGCUAGUGUUGGAGGAGGAAGAGGAAUCAGAUGGAAAAAGACGGUUGAAAGAUCUUCUAUCACCCUCUUAUAUCAUCUUUCAGUUUCUUUUAGUAAUUGAAAGUGCUUGUUAACAUUUUGAGCUGAUGUUCAACUUUUUAAGUCGAGUCAAAACCAUAUAUUCUCCAGGAUCCCUGCAGACUCUUCUUUUUCGCCUGAAAACGUUAUUUCUAAGCACUCUUCUGCUCUUUUCAAAAACAGUCUUCAUGUUAAGCUAAUAGAAUUUGAAUGAAUGAUUUAGAACUUUUUAUGACACUUAAAAUCAGCCGUCUUCCCACAUACUGAGGCUCGAGCAUCGCCCACCUGCACCCCCAUUCAACCCCAAAGUACACUCCCCCUCUCCUGCUGCAAGACCCAACUCCAGGCUUCUGUGUGUGACUUCAUCUGCCUACCAUCCCUUCAUCCGAGGCUAUGAGAGGAGGAGUCGAACCCCAGAUCAUUCCAUCAUGCCAGUUCUGAAGAGCAGAGAGGAGAUCCGGGCUGGCAAUGUUCAAGGGACUGCAUUUACACUCCUCCACAAUGCUUGUCAGCCUCCACCCUUCUCCCUCCUGUCUUCAGGACAAGCAUUACGUCUUCCCCUCCUCCUCUCCUCGCCAUCAGCGUCCUCCUCCGCCUCCUCCUCCAGGCCAGCCCUCUCAUCAUCCUUAUCUCCAGCCUCGGCUGACUGGGCCUUUCCUCACCUGGUCCUUCUCUCUGCUCCUCAUUUCCAUACUCCUCCUGCCCGUCUGCGAGUCCCGCAGAGGUGGAGGUCAGGGGACAGGUCCUGGAGGGUCACCAGGGGGACAAGGUGGCCAGAGGGGAGGCGGCACCCAGAGGGGUGUUGCCAUCCCUCCUCAGUACUCCCCUGGCUUACCAGCUCUCCCUCCAAUCAACCCCAAACUGAUCAACUCCCUCAGCAUUGCUGUCAUCCUAGUGGGCAACUCUAGUGAAGUAACUUUAGGGGUUGGACUUGAGAAAGAGGACUUUCUCCACAUCCCCUACCCUCCCAAAGUGGAGGUGGUCACCAUGAAUGAGACCGACCCCAAGAGUAUCAUCAAUCGGAUCUGCACACAGAUGACGAGGAAUUCCCUGCAGGGAGUUGUGUUUGGUGAUGACACGGACCAGGAGGCCAUCGCUCAGAUCCUUGACUUCAUCUCCGCCCAGACACACCUCCCCAUCCUGGGCAUCAGAGGAGGAUCCUCCAUGGUCAUGGCUGCCAAGGACGACAACUCCAUGUUUUUCCAGUUUGGCCCGUCCAUCGAGCAGCAGGCCUCGGUCAUGUUGAACAUCAUGGAGGAGUAUGACUGGUACAUCUUCUCCAUAGUCACCACAUAUUACCCCGGCUACCAAGACUUUGUCAAUAAGGUCCGCAGCACUAUCGAGAACAGCUUUGUGGGCUGGGAGCUUGAAGAAGUCCUCCUAUUGGACAUGUCAGUGGAUGAUGGCGACUCCAAGAUUCAGAACCAGAUGAAGAAACUGCAGAGUCCGGUUAUUUUACUUUACUGCACAAAGGAGGAAUCUUACACCAUCUUUGAGGUGGCCCAUUCUGUUGGCCUCACGGGUUACGGCUUCACCUGGAUCGUUCCCUCACUGGUGGCUGGAGAUGCAGACAAUAUACCCUCUGUCUUCCCUACAGGGCUUAUCUCGGUGUCGUAUGACGAAUGGGACUACAACACUGAGGCCAGGGUUCGUGAUGCAGUAGCUGUCAUUGCCACAGCGACCUCCACCAUGAUGCUGGAUCGGGGGCCACACACCCUACAGAAGUCUAGCUGCCUCGGGACGCCUGACAAAAAAAGCUCCAACACCGGCCACUCCAAGGAAAUCCUGAAGUACCUCAUGAAUGUGACAUUUGAAGGCCGAAACCUGUCGUUCAGUGAAAAGGGUCACCAGAUGUUCCCCAAACUGGUCAUCAUUCUUCUGGAUAAGGAUCGACAGUGGGACAGGGUUGGCAAGUGGGAACGAGGCUCUUUGACGAUGAGAUACCAUGUGUGGCCUCGCUUCGAGCUGUUCUCCACAGCGGAGGAGCAUGAAGACCACCUGUCCAUCGUGACUCUGGAGGAGGCCCCGUUUGUCAUUGUGGAGGACGUGGACCCUCUCAGCGGGACCUGUAUGAGGAACACUGUGCCAUGUCGCAAGCAGCUAAAACUCAGCAAUCAGACAGGUGAUUCAGGGAUUUACAUCAAGCGGUGCUGCAAAGGAUUUUGUAUUGAUAUCUUGAAGAAGAUCGCCAAGACGGUUAAAUUCUCAUAUGACCUUUAUCUGGUUACAAACGGCAAACAUGGCAAGAAGGUUAAUGGGACUUGGAAUGGUAUGGUUGGAGAGGUUGUGGUGAAAAAUGCGCACAUGGCAGUGGGUUCGCUCACUAUCAACGAAGAAAGAUCCGAGGUCAUCGACUUUUCUGUUCCCUUCAUUGAGACAGGGAUCAGUGUCAUGGUCUCCCGUAGCAAUGGGACUGUCUCCCCCUCCGCCUUUCUUGAGCCCUUCAGUGCUGAUGUCUGGGUGAUGAUGUUUGUGAUGCUGCUGAUUGUGUCGGCUGUUGCUGUAUUUGUGUUUGAGUACUUUAGCCCGGUGGGUUACAACCGCUGUCUGGCAGAUGGGCGAGAGCCCGGCGGUCCUUCCUUCACCAUUGGUAAGGCCAUCUGGCUUCUUUGGGGUCUGGUUUUCAACAACUCCGUCCCUGUGCAGAAUCCCAAAGGUACCACCAGUAAGAUCAUGGUGUCGGUUUGGGCCUUUUUCGCUGUCAUCUUCCUGGCCUCCUACACUGCCAACUUGGCUGCCUUCAUGAUCCAGGAGGAGUAUGUGGACCAGGUGUCAGGACUGUCAGACAAAAAGUUCCAGAAGCCUAACGAGUUCUCGCCACCGUUCCGGUUCGGCACCGUGCCCAACGGGAGUACAGAGCGCAAUAUCCGCAACAACUACCGGGACAUGCACGCUUACAUGACGAGCUUCCACCAGAAGAACGUAGACGAAGCACUGUACAGUCUGAAGACCGGCAAACUGGAUGCUUUCAUCUACGACGCCGCGGUGCUGAACUACAUGGCGGGUCGAGACGAGGGCUGUAAGCUGGUCACCAUUGGGAGCGGGAAGGUGUUUGCCUCAACUGGCUAUGGCAUCGCCAUCCAGAAAGACUCUGGCUGGAAACGAGCCGUGGAUCUGGCCAUCCUCAUGCUGUUUGGAGAUGGUGAGAUGGAGGAGCUGGAGGCCCUGUGGCUCACAGGGAUCUGCCACAACGAGAAGAACGAGGUGAUGAGCAGUCAGCUGGACGUGGACAACAUGGCGGGGGUCUUCUACAUGCUCGGGGCUGCCAUGGUCCUUUCAUUAAUCACCUUCAUCUGUGAACAUUUGUUCUACUGGCAGCUUCGCUUUUGUUUCAUGGGCGUGUGCUCCGGGAAGCCCGGACUGACCUUCUCCAUCAGCAGAGGUAUCUACAGCUGCAUCCAUGGGGUACAGAUUGAGGAAAACAAGUCAACCAUAGACUCACCCUCAUCCACCAUGAAGAAGAACAUGAACAACACCCACUCCAACAUCCUGCGGUUGCUCCGCACUGCCAAGGACAUGACUGCUGUCCCAGGUAUUAACGGCUCUCCUCACGCCGCUCUGGAGUACAGCCACAGCGGCCGUGAGUCCGCAAUAUAUGACAUCCAGGAGCAUCGGCGCAGUCUGGUGGGUCACCCUGCAGACUGCAAGUCAGCGCCACCGUACCUGCCUGAGGACAACAUGUUCAGUGACUACAUCAACGAGGUGGAGAGGACUUUUGGCAACUUGCCCCUGAAGGACAGCAACCUGUACCAGGACCAUUACCUGCACCACCACCCGGCCUCGGCUCUGGGUAUGUCCGGCCCCCCGCCCAAUAGGCCGCGUAGCUUAGGCAGCGCUAGCUCGUUGGAGGGGGGCAUGUUCGAUUGCGACAGCUUAGGGGGAGGGGUAGCGCCCAUCUUUACCACCCAGCCCCGCCCCUCCAUGACUCACAGGAACACCAGUAAAUUUGACCUGAUUGCCGGCCACUCCCCUGCGGAAUCCAACCAGGGUGGGUUCAAGGGAAGCAAUGUGUACGGCAGGUUUUCUUUCAAAGGAGGUGCUUCCAGCACGGGGCUCAUCGGGGGUCACGACAGGUACUGUGGCGGGGGUGGGGGAGGCUCAGGGGGUGAUGAUGGGAACAUUCGCUCUGAUGUUUCGGAUAUUUCCACGCACACUGUCACCUACGGCAACCUGGAGGGCAACAACAAGCGACGUAAGCAGUACAGGGACAGCCUGAAAAAGAGGCCGGCCUCGGCCAAGUGCCGACGGGAGCAGGACGAGAUAGAGCUGAGCGGCUUCAGGAGGAGACCCCACCACCACACCGUCCACCACCACUUCCCCCACGGACCCCUGGCACACCGCACGGUCUCACCUACCCUGGAGCGGAAGAGGGGAGGAGGAGGGGGUAAUUCUUCACCUUAUUUAUUCCGCAAAGACAAAGAGAACCUGAGGGAAUUCUAUGCGGACCAGUUCCGCUCCAAGGAGGGCAAGGCCAUGUGGGAGCAAGAGGGUGGAAGCGGAGGAAGCGGUGUGGGCGGUGGUAGCGGUGGUGGUAUCUGUAAAAGCUUAGUUCCUGUUGAAGACUUCCUGAAAGGUAAAGGCAAGAAGACGGAGUGUAAAGGUGGGCUGGGGUCAGCAGGGCAGCAGGCCCACACCUGCUGGGAGAAGGGGGUUUCAGGGAUAGGGGGUGGGGGCAUAGCAGGGGGGGAUUGGGAGUGUCGUAACUGCCACAGUGUUUGUCACCACAGUGGGGGAAUAGGGGGAGGAGGCACAUGCUCAGCUAGUGGGGCAGGGGGAACCAGCAGUCGCCCUAGCUCUGCUACCUGCAAGCGCUGCGACUCGUGUAAGAUCCAGCCGAGUAACCUUUACAACAUCAGCGAGGAUAAUAACUUGAUGUUCACUGUAGGGAAGAGUAGCGGAGGAUCAAGUCAGCCACAGACUCAGGUACAACGAAGGAAGCUAGGGCCAGGGGGGAGGGUGCUACGGAGGCAACACUCAUAUGACACAUUUGUUGACCUGCAGAGGGAGGGGGCGGGCCGGUUGGCAGGGAUGGGUGGGAGUGCAGGAGGGCAGUUUCCCCAGCCCAGAAGUGUGAGUCUGAAAGACAAAGACCGCUCCAUGGAGGGCCCGAGCCCUUAUGCUCACAUGUUUGAGAGGUAUUCAGGGGACAGGGAUUCUCCCAUGUUUGGAGGACUAGGUGGGGACAGGGCCAAAGGGGGCUCCUCCUUCAGUUUGUUCCGUGGCGAGAGUGGGUUGCAUCAGCGGUCGCUGGGGGAGAGAGACACGAGGGACAGCCUGAGGGACAGAGAGAGAGCUAUAAUGGGAGGUGGGGGCUGUGGUGGUGGUGGUGGUGGUGGUAGCAGCAGAGGGGCCGGGACUUACUCCUUGUCUAAAUCUCUCUACCCAGAUAAGGUGAACCAGAACCCCUUCAUCCCAACCUUCGGCGACGACCAGUGUCUAUUACACGGCGCCAAACCAUACUACAUCAAAAAGCCACAGACGCAGCAACAGCAGCAGCAGCAGCAACUUCUCAACAACAGCCGAGGAGGAGGGGACUUCCGCGGCUCCAUGGGAGCUGCUUCCUAUUUACCUGCAUCAGCCACAGCUGGAGUGAUGUCCAAUGUGGCCCCCAGGUUCCCCAAAGAGCUGUGUCUGGGUGGGGUGGGGAACCAUCAUGGGUCUGGCAAGCUACUGCCCGGAGGCAGGGACACGUUAGGUUUGGGGCAGGGACAGAGACCUUUCAAUGGUGCCAGCAAUGGACACGUUUAUGAAAAGCUCUCCAGUAUUGAGUCAGACGUCUGAGGGUGAAGAAAGAGAGAGAGAAGAUGGAGUGGGUGAAAAAAAGAGGGUGAUGGAGGGGAAAAAGGGGAAAAAGCACAGGCUGAUGUGUUCGCUGUGUGAGGAGAACAAACAGACACAAUUCUGUGUGUGUUGUUCUCACUUCACUAAAUGGAGCGAACUUGGACGAUGCACAGAGGCCACUGCAGGCUAAGCUGUGGUGAAGUCCAGCAGGAGACAAGAUUUUAAUGAGAAGAGAGGAUUCUGGUGCUGCUCCGACACUCAGAGAUAGAUAGGAAGGGAGGGAGAGAUGGAGGGAUGGAUGGAGGGGAAAAAGUGAAAUCAAAUCUCUGGUCUGCUCUCUUCACAUGUUUGUUCUUUCCCUCCUUCCAGCAGAUCUUUAACACCAAAACAAACAUUUUGUUAAGCAACGGAAAUACAAUCAUGAAUGAGAAAUCAACACUUCUGUUGAAGUUACAGGGUAAACUAAUAAUUGUAUCGAUAAUGUUAAUAAUAAUAUUAUUGAAUAUUAUUCCAGUGUUUAAUGAUGAUCAGUUGGAUUGUUUUUAAAUUUGAUUAAUUUAAAUAGUUCGUGUUAUAUAUUUGUAUGAUGUUAAUUCUUUCUUAACUUACCCAUAUUACAGGAGACUGCUAGAUCAGUUGUUAGUACAGAUCUUUUUGUUUUUGGCUUCCUGUAAUUUGGUCUCUUCUUUUCUUUAAUUCUUCACGUUUUAUUCUUUUAUACUUUUCCUACAUUUGAGUGCUGUGAAGUAUACGUAAAAGGCAUGACUUGCUGAGUACAUCUGUGUGCAUAGACAUUUGCAAAAAAGGUCUUUUUUACAGCUGCAAAAGCAACAUCAUCAUACUGAUUUGCCGUUUCCUCUUGCUUUUUUUUUUGUUUUUUUUUGCUUGGCAGUACCAAAAGGUCCCCACAUUUUGAGCUGGAUGUGCCUUAAAGGAUAAUACAGAUUUUAUAAACACUGACCUGCUCUGUUAGUAGACAGAUCGACCUUUUAAGAAUAUGUCAGUUGUGAUUUACGAUUGAAAAAUGCUUGAAAAAGUCUUACAUGGCUGGUUUUGUUUCAGUGCUUUAUCAGACUUCUCAACAUUUAACAAAUGAUUUACAUAAAGGUAAAACCUAGAAACUGCUGCAGUACAUGAAGCUUUACCCUACUGAAAUGAAAAAACACUAAAAGGAUCGUAAGGGUUAAAACCACAGAGCUAUGAUAAAAACAUUCCUGUCCCUGGGACGCCAGCCAUGAAAAAACUGAAGCGCUCUUUAAGAAAGAAUACAGUAAAACUAAAAUAAAGGCUUGUUAUUGCAGUAACAACACCACAGUUAAUCUAAGCAUCAUUACUCCUCACCUCCUAAAACCCCCACCAAUCAUGUUCUUGCUUAACAGAUGACCCAAAAACCAACUAUCCAUUAAAUAAACCUCUCUUAAUGUCUGCUUGUUGCUCUCAAUGCUUUUCAUUGGGUCUUGAGUCAAUUGGCCGUGACAGUUUUGCAGUGCAGGACAGGGACAUAAUGGACUCUCAGACUGAAGCCUCUGUUACUGGAAUGAGCAGCCUGGCAUGUUAAUUAUUUCAUGAUUAUAGACGUAAGCCCUGGCUGGCUGUUGUUCAUGGUCACAUUAAAAUGAUACUAAGAGUCCAAGGAGUAAAAAAAAAAAAAGAUAAUAGCAGGGUUGCUAUUACAAAACAUCCCAAAGAUAUCAGGAAUUCUACACGUGAACCUUACAAACUGAUAGCUUCACAUCACAAUACAGCCUUGUCAUGAUUUAAGACAUUUUUAGAAAUACACUUAUCUGCCUCCUUAUUUAAGUAGAGGAUCAGAUGAACUCCACUUAUAGGUUUUUACUGCAAAUGUUAAGCUAAAGCUAGGUGGCCAGCUUAACAUUCAAACCAACCAAGGACAAGAAGUGGCUUGGUUUAAACAUGACAAAGUCAUCCCACAAGUACAUCUAAAGCUGAUUUAUGAACAUGUUAUGUCUUGUUUGUCUAAUGUGUAGCAUUUAAUGAGACUUUGUCUGUCAAGAUGACAUUGCUAAGGGCACUAAUCUAAUUCUUGUGUACUGUUACAAAAAAGGAUAUAACGUGUUAAGUAAUGAGCUUUAGAGGUGCUGGUGGGCAUGUUGUGGUAUUGUUGGUGACAACCAGGCUCUCUUCCCCUUCUCCUGGUCGAGGUUAAGCUCUGGCGUUAUCUUGACCAUACAUGCUAUGUUAGAGAUCAUCUCACUCUGCAAUAACGCUUUAAAAAAAGAGUUUUCCAGGUUUUCAAGUGUGAAAGGAGAAGUGGGUUAUUUUAAGUCAUUCUUCCUCCUUGAAGUUUAACUAACACUUGAAACCAAAUGGAACAUACAGAAUGAUUUCAGCACGUACUGUAGCACUGAUCGUUGAUUUCUCCCUCCACAAAAGCAUGAUCUGUUUUUUAUGGUGAGACUGUGACGACAGGAGGAAUUUUCCAUCAGUCCUGUCAGUGUGCUGCAUGGAUUAUCUCCUCUGCAGACACUUGAAGAGAAAAAAACUAAAGAGGAAACAGCAUCCUAAAAGCAGGUAGUUUCAAGUCACAGGACAUCUCUGCUCUUACACAUAACAAAGACAAACAUACAGAAUAACUUGUGUUUAAUUCACAGCUCUACGGUCACUCUAUCAAAGGUUUGAACUCUUCAUUUCAAGAGUCAUCACUUAAAUUAGUCUCUUCUUGGUUUUACUGAACUACAUUUUAUAACCUAAGCACAAUUUGACCGACAGGGUCUGAUAUCUAGAUAUUCAUACAUCCUGGUCCGAUUUUUACAUUUUUCUUCUGGUUGACAAGUCAGUAUGUAUGAUAUUAGGAGGUCAAUGGUGUUUGUGAGGACUUGCAUGUAUACACUUUUUCUUUAUUUGUUUUUAAUCUUAACUUUUAGUCCAACAAACAUGGGUGUUCUUUAACAAUAUUUGAAAUCUUAUCAGUUUCAUGAUGAUCCAUGUAGUACUGUAGGUGUGUAUGCGCGUGUGUGCUUGUUUGUGCAAGAGAAGAUGCCAAUAUUACAGUCAGUAUUUUAACCAAAAAUGGCUAAAUUGGAGUAAAAACUUGAGUAGGAUAAGGAACAUUUUUUAAAAAUUAUUACUGUUAUUCAAAGAUCAUUUUUUUGUAAAUGGUUUUAAACAAGGUUGAGGUCUUGCUUUCUACAUUUUGUCACAGAACAAGCCUUCUUCAUUUAAACUAUUUUCCCUUUGAAUAUCUUGAUAUGUUUCUUUUUUCUGUUCUUGUAUGUGCCUGAUUACAUACGCUUGAUUACCUCUGUGUGUGCUCAUAUGGAAGAGAGGCAGAGUGUGUGUGAGAGAUAACUGUUUAUUGUAAAUGUAUUAUAAAACUGUUUGUAAAUACUUUACCUCACACUCAUGGACUUUUGAUAAAAAACAAACUGUAAAAAUCACAGAGAAUAGAUCUAUUUGGAAUAAAUCUUUGAUUCAUAUAGGUCCCCUUGCAAAAUUGCUUUUAUAAAGACUUGAGGCCAGGAUGUGUGCAAUCAUUUAUAAUAACGGAGAAAAUGUGCGCAUUCAAUAGGUGGUGUUUUUUGUUUUGAUGUGGUCAAAGACCAGCUAAGACGGUUGUUUUCUCCAAAGGAAAAAUUGUAAAGCUCCAUCAUCCAUCCAACACUCAGAAAGCACAAUAGAUGAUCUAUCUACGUUAUUACCAGGAUAGUCUUUUUUUUGUUGGCUCAUCUUCUGUUUUUGCUUUUGCCACAGAAGAUCGAUCUCCACCCCCUGAGCUGUACAGAUUGUGAAAUAUGUACAUAAGACAAAAAAAUCUAGUUCACCCUCACCUUUUUGUAUGGAGAGAAACUACUUGUGUGAAGAGAGUAUUUCAAACUUGAUUGAAUAUUUAGUAAUUUUGAAAAUGAGAUUAAACACAGUAAAUGUGAAAAUAAGUGCUGAGAAAUAUUAUUCUUCUGUCUCUUUGGAAUAAAAGUGUUGAGUAUUAAUAAAAAAUAAGAAAUCUCACCCUUUUAUGUCUAUUUUUUACUUGUUUUCUACUGGUAUGAUUGUGUUCACAGGCACAGGACAACAACGUUUCAUGGGUUUGUGUGUGACAACUGAAUGAGCUCAUGUUGUUACAGAUCAUAUUCUAAGAGUCCCACAGGCCACAAAAAGGAUGUGAGGUAAUGACUGCGGCUGAGCAUCUUCUUUUCUUCGUUCCUCUUUUCUUCUGUCAUCAUGUGAUGUAAGCACCGCACUGGACAAGUAGUCACAAGAACGAGUAAAUGAAAGAAGUCUGGUGAUAAAAGAUGGAGGGGCAGGGAUUAUUGAAGAGAAAUAAAAGAGUGAUGCAAACUGAAGCAUGCAGAAAAGAUCAAAGUCUCCUCUCUCGUCAGACUCUUUUACUCUGACAGCCUCGUCCAGCAACAGGAGUUAUUUAAAGAAACCCGCAGGUUGGAAAAUGUACAGAUGCCUUCUUGUGGGUGUAGAUCUGGUGGGAGAAUUUUUAACAUCUGCAGUCGGCUGGAUGCUGACACAGACAGAGGUGCGACGCUAGAAGUAAUCUCAUAAUCCAUUUUAUCUCCUGCUUCGUCUUACAAAAAAAUCCACUGUUUAGUAUUUCUCCUCUCUGCCAUCUAUCCUCUUCGCUUCUUUACCAACCCAACAACCCCGGGAUGCAUCGCAACACAUGUAACUACUUCUUGACAAUUAACUGUUACCUAGCAACUGGCUCUUUUUCCAGAGAUGGGGGUGGGGGUGACAAGGGGAGAGGAAGUGAGGGAGGGGUAGAAAAAGAGAGGCUGAGAUUUAUACAGUAUUCCCACCACAUUUUGACUGGAUUGGAUGCAACAAUGCAUUGACAAUACAAAACCAAAAUAGGAAAGUACAGCCUGAGCUCAACGCCCACACAUGGCAGCGUAGAGAGGGAGAGGAGGGGGCUGCUUGAUCUACAGAUUACAGUAUGGUUAA